UAAGUUCUUUUAAUAAAAUUUCAAAACAAUGGCUGAAAAAGAUGAAACUACUUGGGUUUUUGAUGCGUUAGUCGGAUUUUUGCAAGGUUCAUUCUGGUCAACGUCGAUACAAAAUUUUAUUGAAGAGAAAUCUUUGAUAUUUGAAUCUGAAACUUUGGAUAGUAAAGAGUAUCGUGAAAUACAUCAAGAUUAUAAAAACUUUGUUAAUUUACUACUUGAUUGUUAUAUGGAAGAUAUGGGAAUUAUAUUUGAACAAUUUGAACAAGCUUGCAGCUUAAUUAAAAGUACUCGAGUAUCAAUAAAAUUUCAGCAGGGUCUCUUUGAGCAAAUUUGGGCAGCAAACGAAUAUGAAGUAUUUAGACGAAUGAUGACUCAAAAAAAUUUAGAACUGCAACUUCAAUCUUUGAAGAUGAUAGAAAAAAAAUCUGGUCUUACACCAGCUUCUUUGUCUCACGAAUCAAACAAACUUAACGAUGAUCAACUACCAAUGGAAGAACUUCUUCAAACCAAAAUUUAUGAAAUCAGUGACGAAAAUAUCUUAGAUGCUGUCAAUGUAAACGCGAAGGAAAAUGAAAGUGUAUCUCUACUGAAACAGGAACAUUACGCAAUUGGGCACACUAAAAAAAACGCUCAUCAGGAAUUGAACGAGUCAACAAAAAGGACAUCUCAUUUCGAAGAUAAACAGAAGGCAAAAUUAAAUGCCGAAUCAAACAUUUAUGACAAAUCCAAAACGGAACAACAGCAUGCAGUAGUUGCUGGUAUUCCAUCGAUUAUCGAUACCAUUUCAACAAAUUUUCGCAAAGAGUUACACGUGAAGCAGAAAGAUAAUACAAAAGAAGACAUACACAAUAGGCAGCUUUACCUGAACGCACAGCGCGAUAAACUCGCAGCUCUAAAAAAUAAGGCGCGUAAUCAGAAGUUUAGGAUGGAUCCAGUAAGACCGAAUUCAGCCCAUGUCGUGGCCGAAGCGGCUGUUAACAUUAAAAAACAAGAUUUAAUUGUGCACCAACAAGCCAUGGAUGCCUCAAUACUUCAAGUACGCAAGGCACUGGCUGCAAGACUGAAGGCAGAAGUCGUACAGAAGUAAAAUUAUUAUUCAGACAGAACACCACGUUUUCCUUUUUACUUACUUUCCGAAUAAAUUCUUUUUUUGACAUAUGCCUCUUAUUAUAUAAGGUUAUUAUUGGCAUUAAUAAAAAUAAUAUUGAUAAAGUGAUAAAA